AUGGCUCCACCUCUACCUGACGUUCGCUUUCAGGAGCUCUGGAAGAUUAAGCUCGACCCUGAGACUGACGAAAAGCGCAAGAGGCUCCUGGCUUACGAGGAUCCGCACGACUUUUUUAUCGACCUUCUCGCAAUGCUCGCCGAAAUCAGCGUCGCUGCGGAUCCUGUUGCCGUCAGGAGCGCGGACUCUGCUCAUGUCAAAGAGCUUGUCGGUAUGCUCACCUCGAUCUUCAGCAACAAACCUCCUUCAGCCGCUUGCACCGAUCCUGGCCCCUACUCCAGCGCUGCUGGCUUCGCACGCAUGAUGAGGGGCGCGACUGAGAAUGAGGAGCGCAUUGUCAGACUCUUCCAGACUUGGGAUUCUAACAAGUCUCUCAACGCGAUCUACGAGUUUUGA